AUGGAAUUACGACUGGGAUUUAGGAUCACACUGGUCUUGGUCAUUCUGGUAUUGACUAUUUCCAGUGAGAAAGUGGAAGCACAGAGGGCAGGUUGUAAAAAUGUCCACUAUGACUUGGCGUUUAUCCUGGAUACCUCAUCCAGUGUUGGAAAAGAGAACUUUGAGAAGAUCAGACAAUGGGUGGCCAACCUGGUGGAGUCUUUCGAUGUGGCACCAGAAAAAACAAGAGUAGCUGUAGUUCGCUACAGUGACAGACCCACCACUGAGUUCAACCUGGGGAGACACAGGACCCUGGAAGAUGUGAAGCAAGCUGCCCGUAACAUACGCUACCUGGGGGGAAAUACUAUGACUGGGGAUUCUAUCAGCUACACCACCAACAAUAUAUUCACGGAGCGGAACGGAGCAAGGCCUGUAGCCAGAGGCAUUCAGAGGGUGGCCAUCCUUCUCACAGAUGGCCGAAGCCAGGAUUAUGUUCUGGAGCCCUCUAAGGCAGCUGCCAAAGCUGGUAUCAGGAUGUUUGCUGUGGGCAUCGGGGAGGCGCUGAAGGAGGAGCUGGAGGAAAUCGCAGCCGAGCCAAAGAAUGCCCACGUCUUCCAUGUGACGGACUUUAAUGCCAUUGACAAGAUCAGGGGCCGGCUGAGGAGGAGGCUGUGCGAAAAUGUCCUGUGUCCAAACAUGAAGGUUCAACCUGAUCGCUUUAAGCCCAGCAGUACCAGUUAUGGUCUUGAAGAGGUUCCAGGGUUCGACCUGAUGGAGUACUUCAAUGUGAGAGAUAUCCUGGGAACCAAGGCUGAUGAAGGCCAAAGUUCUUAUGUUCGCCUUGGCACCAUGCCCAUUGUACAGCAAACAGAAGACGUGUUUCCCCAAGGGUUGCCGGAUGAAUAUGCCUUUGUAACGACUUUCAAAUUCAGGAAAACCUCAAGGCGUGAAGACUGGUACCUUUGGCAGAUUUUUGACAAAUAUGGAAUCCCACAGGUGUCCAUUCGUCUGGAUGGUGAGAACAAGGCGGUUGAAUACAAUGCUGUCGGGCUGACAAAAGAUGCUGUCAGAGCUGUGUUCAAGAACCCUGAGGUUGACAACCUGUUUGACCGCAACUGGCACAAAAUUGCCGUCAGUGUGGAGGCCAAGUCUGUGUCUCUGUACCUGGACUGCAAAUACAUCCAGACUCUGCCCAUUGAAGACAGGGAGGACAUUGAUAUCCAGGGGAAGACAGUUAUUGGGAAGAGGCUGUAUGACAGUGUGCCAAUUGAUUUUGACCUCCAAAGGAUGAUGAUUUACUGUGAUUCCAAGCACGCAGAACUGGAAACCUGCUGUGAUCUACCCAAUGGACCUUGCCCUAAGAAAGUGGUGACAGAGGCUCCCCCGGUGGAGAUCCCCAAUCCGACACCUACUGUUGUGGAACAACAAAGAGGCCCUCAAGUCAACUGCUCCUGUUCUGCAGGAAAGAAGGGAGAGACCGGUGCACCUGGUGUUGCAGGUCCCAAGGGUGAAAAGGGUGACACUGGCCCUAUGGGCGCCAUCGGCCCGCCUGGCAUCAAAGGAGAAAAAGGAGGAACUGGCAGAGUAAUCUCUGUCAAAGGUGACAUAGGUGAGAAGGGUGAUAGAGGCAGCAUAGGGUUGACAGGUGCUCCUGGACAAAAAGGAGAGAAGGGACUUGGUGGUGUGCCAGGUAUUGAUGGCUUACCUGGAGACAAAGGAGACGAAGGUGAAGCAGGACGGGCUGGUGAUCCAGGGCUGCCUGGUCCAGCUGGACCAAAGGGAAUUCAAGGGAAUGCAGGAAUUCCUGGCGCACCUGGACUAAAAGGUGUCAUUGGUGAAUCAGGCGUGAAAGGUGAAAAAGGAACUCCAGGAGACAUGGGCGUGGCUGGUUUGGAUGGAUUACCUGGUAAACCUGGUGUUCCUGGGAAAGAUGGUUUGAGAGGACUGGUUGGUGCACCUGGGCCCAGCGGAAUUAAAGGUGACAAGGGGGAGAGAGGCCUUCCUGGGUUACCUGGAGAUGUGGUUCAAAGAGAAGGCCUACGGGGUGAAAAGGGAGAUGCUGGACCUCCUGGGCCUCCAGGGGCCAAUGGACCCCCAGGGCCUCCUGGUCCUCCUGGUCUGCAAGGUCUACCUGGGGAGCCAGGAGAGUUUGGCCAAAGGGGAAGGAAGGGAGAGAGUGGACUGCCUGGAGUGGAUGGCCUUCCUGGACCUUUGGGUCCUCAGGGUCCACCUGGGCCACCAGGAAACCGAGGACACACUGGACCUCCUGGUCUACCUGGUGAAAUUGGAUUUUCAGGCAAACCUGGAGAGCCUGGAAAGCCUGGUCUUGCUGGUAAAGACGGUCUCGACGGUCUUCCUGGAAAUGAUGGUGCUGCGGGGCCCAGGGGAGAGCGAGGAGCAGAUGGUUUUCCUGGCAAGCCUGGACCUAAGGGUGACGAUGGGCCACCUGGACCGAGAGGACCACCAGGGGAGAGAGGGGAAGCUGGUUCCCCUGGACAACCAGGUGCUGAUGGAGCAAGCGGAAACAGGGGUGUUCCGGGAGAAAGAGGACUGGAUGGACCAAUUGGGCCAAAAGGUGAAAAGGGAGACAAGGGUGAAGUGGGAGCAACGGGACCUCCUGGUGCUCCAGGAAAUGUGGAAAAUGUCAUCCCUGAGCCUGGUGAACCUGGAAGACCUGGAGAAAAGGGAGAAAAAGGAGAGCAAGGGAAACCAGGAGAGAUGGGCCCAAGAGGAUUACCUGGUGAACAAGGUUUUAAGGGACCAGCUGGACCACCGGGACCACAAGGUGACACUGGACUUACGGGAGAAACAGGACGUGUUGGGGAACCUGGUCCACCUGGCAUAGCUGGUCCUCCAGGGACUCGUGGGUUACCAGGGAAUGUGGGCAUACCAGGGAUCAUUGGGCCUCCUGGUCCAGCUGGACAGAGAGGAGACAAGGGUGAAUCAGGUAAACCAGGACAAGCAGGUCCCACAGGCCCACCAGGAGAGCCUGGUUUGACUGGACCCCCCGGACUACCAGGGAAGGGGAAAGACGGGCAAAAUGGAGAACCAGGACCACAGGGAAUCCAAGGACCCCAAGGGCCAAAGGGUCAACCAGGGUCACAAGGAGAACCGGGGUUACCAGGGGACAGGGGUGCUGCAGGAGAAGGCAAAGUGGGACCAGCGGGGCCCCCGGGAAAUAAUGGAGAACCUGGACCUGCGGGCUUGAGGGGUUCACCAGGAGUUGCUGGUCCUCAGGGCCCAGCGGGACAUAAUGGUUUACCAGGAAGGCCAGGAGAGAGGGGAUCACCUGGAGAGCCUGGAAAGGCAGCAGACCUCUCGGACCUAAAGCUGAAGGAUAUAUGCUCAGACUGCCCAGCUGGUCCCCCUGGACCACCUGGUCUUCCAGGAAUCAUUGGAGAUAUAGGACAACCGGGACCCCCAGGAAAAAACGGUCAAGAUGGUUACCAAGGCCCGCCAGGACCAGCCGGACCUCAAGGAGCCCCUGGAGCCGACGGAGUAAAGGGUAUAAAAGGUGAUCGAGGACCUCCUGGAGGCCCUGGAGAGAAAGGAGAAAAGGGACAACCAGGACCCCCUGGUCACCCAGGUCCUCCUGGCUUAAUGGGUACACCUGGUAAUGAUGGACAGCCUGGCUCUGUUGGUCCCCCAGGGCCCCCUGGAGAAAAGGGUAAAGAGGGUCUCAAAGGAAUCCAGGGACCACCGGGCCUUCCUGGCUUGAUAGGUCAGCCUGGAAAAAUGGGAAAGGAUGGCAGACCAGGUGAAAUAGGAGAACCUGGCAGGCUUGGUGAACCUGGGCCACCAGGAAACCCUGGGCUCAGGGGACUCCCAGGCUUUAAAGGCCACAGAGGAGAGGCUGGAGUUCCAGGACCUAAGGGAGAAGAUGGAAAGCCUGGAUCACCUGGGCGUGAUGGCAAACCUGGGAAGGAGGGCUCUAUGGGACCUCCUGGUACAGAAGGACGUAUUGGGCCAAGAGGAGAGUCGGGCAAGCCAGGUGAACCAGGACCAUCGGGAAAACCAGGCCUCCCUGGAACUCCAGGUCUUAGGGGAGACAAGGGAGAGGCCGGCAACCCAGGAUUACCAGGAUUUAGUGGGCCUAAAGGCCCUGCGGGUCCACCUGGUCCAGUUGGACCAGAGGGAAAGCAGGGGAUGCCAGGCAGAGUCGGUGAUCGUGGCAUCAAAGGAGAUAAAGGUGACCCAGGUGUAAAGGGAGAUAAAGGACAUGCAGGAGAUUCAGGUAUGCCUGGAAACCCCGGACCCCCAGGUAGAAAAGGCCACACAGGAAUGAUGGGUAUGUCAGGACCACCAGGAGAAAUAGGGUCUCCUGGGCCACAAGGACCUUCAGGAAACCCUGGUCUCCCAGGCCCAAGGGGAGAGUCGGUAUCACUGGAGCAGAUGAGACGGCUCAUCCAAGAGGAGCUGGCAAAACAGUUAGAUGCCAAAUUGGCUUACCUCAUGGCUGAGAUCCAGCCAGUCCAUGUGAAGAGUACAGUCGGCCGUCCAGGACCUCCGGGCCCUCCAGGUAAGGACGGCAAUCCUGGACGAUCUGGCCCCCCUGGAGAGCCUGGCAUGCCUGGACAGAAUGGAGGAGAAGGACCCAGAGGACCCAUGGGCCCUAAAGGUGAGAAAGGAGCAAGAGGAGACCAGGGAGAGCCUGGUAUUGGUGAAAGAGGAGAGCAAGGCCCUCCUGGCCCGAUAGGCCCAGCCGGUCUGCCUGGUUACGGUAAAGACGGAAGCCCAGGACAAGCCGGAGCCCAGGGUGAGCCAGGAAACCCCGGCCCCCACGGUCAGCCUGGACCUGCAGGUCCUCCUGGCCAAUGUGACCCCACCCAGUGUGCCUACUAUGCCAGCCUGGCACAAAGACCCCACACCAAAAACAUCAAGGGGACUUAA